GGCGAAGUUUGUUUACGUUCGGUCCCCGAUCGGAGAGAGGCUGCCUUCCCCGGUUCGGACUCCAAGAUGGGGAAGUCCUUCGCCAACUUCAUGUGCAAGAAAGACUUUCAUCCCGCCUCCAAAUCCAAUAUCAAAAAAGUAUGGAUGGCAGAACAGAAAAUAUCAUAUGAUAAGAAGAAACAAGAAGAAUUAAUGCAACAGUAUCUUAAGGAACAAGAAUCAUAUGAUAAUAGAUUGCUUAUGGGAGAUGAACGUGUAAAGAAUGGCCUUAAUUUCAUGUAUGAGGCUCCACCAGGAGCUAAAAAAGAAAACAAAGAGAAAGAAGAAAUAGAAGGAGAAACGGAAUAUAAAUUUGAAUGGCAGAAAGGAGCCCCACGAGAAAAAUAUGCCAAAGAUGACAUGAACAUCAGAGAUCAGCCCUUUGGUAUUCAGGUUCGAAAUGUGAGGUGUAUUAAAUGCCACAAGUGGGGCCAUGUCAAUACAGAUCGAGAAUGCCCUUUGUUUGGUCUUUCUGGAAUCAAUGCAAGUUCUGUUCCUACUGAUGGCUCAGGGCCAUCGAUGCACCCCUCGGAGCUAAUAGCGGAGAUGAGAAACAGUGGGUUUGCACUGAAACGAAAUGUACUGGGGAGAAACUUGACCGCAAAUGAUCCAUCACAGGAAUAUGUUGCAAGUGAGGGUGAAGAAGAUCCAGAAGUGGAAUUUUUAAAGUCAUUAACCACCAAACAAAAACAGAAACUGCUCAGGAAAUUGGAUCGACUUGAGAAGAAAAAGAAACGAAGGAGAAAAGAUAGAAAAAAUAAAAAGCUUCAGAAGAGCAGAAGUAAACACAAAAAGCAUAAGAACAAAUCCUCCUCCUCCUCUUCGUCGUCCUCCUCCUCCUCCUCCUCCUCCUCCAGCGAGAGUUCAGAAAGUAGCAGUGAGAGUGAGAGUGACAACAAGGAAAAAAGAAAAAGAAGUAAGAAAAGAAAGAAAAAGGAAUGUUCGUGGUAUAGCAGCAGUGAUGUUGAAGAGAAAGCCAAGUCUAGGACGAGGAAACCCUGUGAAGAACUUUAUAGCAGUCACCGCAGGAGUAAGGACACAGACGGAGACAAGCCUCCGUCUUUGAAACAUGAGAGUUCUAGAAAGAAUAGCAAACGGAACCACUCUGCCUCUGACAGCAAGGCCAGAAACCGCACUGAGAGCCCACGGGAGAGGGGGUCUGAAAGAAAGGAGGAGGGCAGCAGGAGGCAGCGCAGGGAGGAGAGGGGCAGGAGAAGCCGGAGCCGCAGUCACAGUGGUUAUAGGCAGAGGGAGGUCAGCGAGCAGACACGGCCAAGCCCCAGCGAAGAGCAGCACAGGAGAAAGGACGCCAGGUACCAUGGCACUGACAAACACCGAGGAGAAAAAGUGCACAGAGGAGACUCAGGAGACAAGCAUGCUACAGUGACACAGAGAACGAAGCCAAAGUAGAGAGAAAAUAAAGAGACAGUAGAAGUGAUGUUACCCAGGAAGAAAAAUAUUUUCACUGUCUUAUUGAAUACCUUCAGUAAGGGCUAAAUUAUGUACUAUUGUCUUUCUAAUAAAAAAGCUCUAUUUUAACUUUCCAUCUCUGUAAACUAGCAUUUCAAGUUCAAAACGACACAAAUACCUUAAGAAUGAAUUUUGCGAGUAUUUGUAAGUAUUCUAUUUUAGGGCUGUAGAAAUACCCUCUGUUCGUGAAUGUUUCUUAUGCCCUAACCUGAAUAAAAACCCCAGAGAACUCUGUAGCACUUUCUUUGUUCCAAAAUACCAUUAAAAGAAUGAUGGUUCAUUGAA